AUGUCAACUACCUUUCCAGGACUCGUCCACGAUGCGGAGAUACGUCAUGAUGGAUCAAACAGUUACCGUUUGAUGCAGCUGGGAUGCCUGGAGUCUGUGGCCAACUCCACCGUCGCCUACUCCUCCACGUCGCCCCUCACUUACUCCACCACCGGCACUGAGUUUGCCUCCCCCUACUUCUCCACCAACCACCAGUACACCCCCCUGCACCACCAGUCCUUCCACUACGAGUUCCAACACAGCCACCCGGCCGUCAACCCCGACGCCUACUCCUUGAACUCGCUCCACCACUCGCAGCAGUACUACCAGCAGAUCCACCAUGGAGAACCCACCGACUUUAUCAACCUGCACAACGCCCGGGCGCUCAAGUCCUCCUGCUUGGACGAGCAGAGGAGGGAGCUGGGCUGCCUAGACGCUUACCGUCGCCACGACCUGUCUCUUAUGAGCCAUGGCUCCCAGUAUGGGAUGCACCCCGAUCAAAGACUCCUGCCAGGACCAAGCCUUGGGCUUGCCGCCUCGGGAGCAGACGACCUGCAGGGCUCAGUGGAGACCCAGUGUGGGCUAGUGUUGAACGGCCAAGGUGGGGUGAUAAGGAGAGGCGGCACGUGUGUAGUCAAUCCCACAGACCUCUUUUGCUCGGUUCCUGGCCGUCUAUCUUUACUCAGCUCCACUUCCAAAUACAAAGUGACCAUCGCAGAAGUGAAGAGACGCUUGUCCCCACCAGAAUGCCUCAAUGCCUCUCUUUUAGGAGGGAUUUUGAGAAGAGCAAAAUCCAAGAAUGGAGGACGCUGCUUAAGAGAAAAAUUGGACAGACUGGGGCUCAAUCUGCCUGCAGGGAGAAGGAAAGCAGCAAAUGUCACCCUCCUAACAUCCUUAGUAGAAGGAGAAGCUUUACAUUUGGCCAGGGAUUUUGGCUACACUUGUGAAACUGAAUUCCCAGCUAAGGCGGUUGGGGAGCAUCUUGCCAGGCAGCACAUGGAACAGAAGGAACAAACAGCAAGGAAAAAGAUGAUCCUAGCAACAAAGCAAAUAUGUAAAGAAUUUCAGGACCUGCUAAGCCAAGAUAGAUCACCCUUGGGAUCCUCAAGACCCACUCCAAUAUUGGACCUUGACAUCCAGAGACAUUUAACACAUUUCAGCUUGAUCACGCAUGGCUUUGGGACGCCUGCCAUAUGUGCUGCCCUCAGCACUUUCCAAACUGUUCUCAGUGAAAUGCUGAACUACUUGGAAAAACACACGGCACACAAAAAUGGCGGAGCAGCAGAAUCCGGCCAAGGACACCCCAACUCGGAGAAAGCCCCGCUGCGGAAAACUUCAGAGGCUGCUGUGAAAGAGGGCAAAACAGAAAAGACAGAUUAG